UGCAGAAUAGUGCUAGAUUCGAGCUUGGAGUAGUUGGAAGAGAUGAGAGUUGGGAGGGGAAAAUGAGCAGGAACGGAAAACAGGAGGCCUCGGCAGCCGCCAAGGAGGAGUUUGUGGGCUUCUUCCCCCAAAUUGUCAGGGAUCUGACCGAAGACGAGCUCCAUAGCCCAGAAGUGGCUGACGCAGUUGCCAGACUAAAAGAAGCGAUAGAGUACAAUGCUGUAGGUGGAAAAUACAAUCGGGGUCUGACUGUUGUGUCUGCCUUCCGUGAGCUGGCCGGGCCGGGCCAACAGGAUCAGAAAAGUUUCCAGAGGGCUUUGGUUGUUGGCUGGUGCGUUGAGCUGCUGCAGGCGUUUUUCCUGGUGGCAGAUGACAUCAUGGACUCCUCACUCACACGCCGGGGCCACCCCUGCUGGUACAGAAAGGAAGGAAUUGGAUUGGAUGCUUUGAACGAUUCUUUCUUGAUCGAGUCCAGCAUCUACCGGCUGCUGAAGCGGUACUGCCGGGGCCAGCCCUUCUACCUCAACCUGCUGGAACUGUUUCUCCAGACUUCAUACCAGACUGAGUUAGGCCAGGCUUUGGACCUUAUCACUGCACCCCAGUCCCAGGUGGAUCUGAACCGCUUCACAGAACAAAGGUACAAGAUGAUUGUUAAAUACAAGGCAGCGUUCUAUUCCUUCUACCUUCCAGUGGCUGCUGCUAUGUACAUGGCGGGCAUUGAUGGUGAAGAAGAUCACGCUCAUGCCAGGGCCAUCCUGCUGGAAAUGGGGGAGUUCUUCCAGAUCCAGGAUGACUUCCUCGAUUGCUUCGGUGAUCCUGAUGUCACUGGCAAGAUUGGGACCGACAUCCAAGACAACAAGUGCAGUUGGCUGGUAGUUGAGUGUUUGAAACGGGCCUCGCCCGAGCAGAGGCAGCUUCUAGAGGAGAAUUAUGGACAGAAGGACGUGGACAAGGUUGCCCAUGUGAAACAGCUCUACGAGGAGCUGGGCCUGCAGUCUGUAUACCAGGAAUACGAGGAGAGCAGCUACCAGUGCCUGUCGGCCCUCAUUAGCCAGCAUGCCGUCCGCCUACCCAGCCAAAUUUUCCUUGGCCUGGCCCAGAAGAUCUACAAGAGGCAGAAGUGAACACCCUAUCGGUCAGCGAUGAAGCCUCCAUAUAGCUUCCUGUUUCAGCCAAAGCUUUGGAGCUCAGCUAGUGCAACGGGGAGGGGAGUUUUAAGCUCUUGGGGUAAUCGAGAAGGGGGUGGAGAAAACCCCCAAACGGUGCUUCGUAGUCAGGAGGGGCAACUUUCCGUAGUAGCUCCGGAGCUGCUCUGUAAGCCUGCGACUACCCUGUAACUAGUCUGAGUUUUGUUGAGCUGUUAGAAAAUCCUCAGAAUGGAUCUCCUCCUGAAUAUUCUCUUUACACUAGGAAUCGGGGCUUUUUUUCAGCUGGAACGUGGUGGAACAGAGUUCCGGAACCUCUUGAAAAUGGUCACAUGGCUGGUGGCCCCGCCCCCUGAUCUCCAGACAAAGGGGAGCUUAGAUGGCCCUACGCGCACCCACUGAGUUCCACCACCUCUUUUCCCAGAAAAAAAGCCCUGCUAGGAAUAUUACCAUUUUGAGAAUUCUAGGGAGGGCAGUAGAGGGGGGGGGAGGACUAAAAUUAGUUUUCAAUUCCUGAUCUGCGAGGGAUAUUCUCCCUGCAUCUUUUGCACACGCUCAGAAAUGGUAACUAACUGGAGCACAGAACCAUGUGUUUUUUACAUCAUGAAUGCCAACUGUCUUUUAUAGGAAUAAGCUGACAUCCAGGAAGGGAUAUUUUCCCUAUUUCUUCUGGGAAGGGAAUAAAAGUUGGUGGGUUUCGUUUCUGUUUGCAUCUCUGCCUUGAUUUCCCGCUAGGUGCCAGCCUCCUUUCCCCCUCCUUUUUGGGGGAGUGCAGAGAGGAGCAGGUAUCCCUGAACAUAGCAGUCUUCUCCCCUCUUCUUUACAGGGUAAGCAUUGUUGAGUUGGGGGAGAGACGGCCUGCCCCUUUAAUCGCCCAUCUUGGCUAAGGAAGUUCCUCUGUCCAAAAACAGCAGAUUCUCUUCUCUGGACUUCAGUGGCUGGGCGUGAAAUGGAUUGUUCUGUGUAUGUUAUUCUCUUUGUUAGGCGACUUGACGAAAUGGAGCAUUCAGGCCUGGAGAGGGCGUGGUUUGAGGAGGGGAGGGGCUUCAGUGGGGUAUAAUGCUAUAGAGUUCAACCUUCAGAGCAGCCAUUUUCUCCAGGGGAACGGGUCUCUGUUGCCCGGAGAUCAGUUGUAAUUCUGGCUGAUCUCCAGCUACCACCUGGAGGCUGGCAACCCUAAGUGAGGAGCAGGUCUCUUUCUGGGGCUGCUUGCCUUCUUCCAGGAUCGAAAACUGAUUGCGUCCUUUUUCAGAGCUCCUUUCUCUCAUCUCUGCGAACUGUGAAAAGAGAAAAAGAAAUUCCCGGCACAAAAGUAACCCAAAUUUUUCAUCAAAAGAAAAAAAAAAACACCUUGGAGCACAUUUGUGUGUCCUUAAUUCGUAUAUCUGCUAAUUUGCAUCAUUAAUUCUGCAAAGGAGGAAGGGAGGCACUGCAGCCUCACUGCGAAUCCUAUUCGGCCACUUCUCUGGCUUCUGCACCUGCAUUUCCCAAGCCUGCGUGGGCAGACAUAAGGACUAGCCUCUUCCUCCUUUAAGUUUAAUAAAUGAGAACUGUUAAUGAGCGGGAUGCUGAAUUUGCAAUUUCUGAUAUCUGUAAAGGAAAGGGAGCAUUGUGUGGCCCAAUCUCAUCAGAUUUCAGAAACUAAG